AUGUUCGGAAUUACAUCUAGGAUGAUGUUAUGUGGAGAGAAAAUACGUGAUUAUGAUAUGAUCGAGAAAACUCUCUCCACGUUCCAUCUUGAAAAUGUAGUCAUGCAGCAACAGUACCGGACAAAUGGAUAUUGCUGUUACUCGGAGUUGACGCAAGUCCUCCUUGUAGCGGAGCAUAAUAAUCAACUCGUGACUUUAAACCAUCAAGCUCGUCCCACUGGAUCUGCUACAUUCCUAGAAGCGAAUGUUGCAUCAUCCAGUUAUGAUAAUAGGAGAGGACGAGGUCGUGGACGUGGUGGAAACCGUUAUCAUGGUCGUGGAAGAGGACGAGGAAGAAGAUUUCGUCCCUAUGAUGAAAGAAAUAAUAAAGACUUCCAUGAAAAUGAAAGGAAUGAAAAGGGCCAGUAUGAUAAAAAGGCAAACGGGAAAGGUUUGCUACAGAUGCGGCAUGAAAGGUCAUUGGACUUUUUGGUUGAGCCAGAAAGUAUCGAUGAGUGA